CGAGAGGACGAAAGAUAAGCAAAAUGAAACAACUUUUCAAUUACUAUAAAUACCCAACUCUAACCACUGUCUAUUAUUCUGUGAUAUCAUUUCUCAAACAACCUUUCAAAGGUCUUCACAUUCAUUUCGUCAACCAUGAACAUGCUUGCAGCAGCUUUUGUCUUCGUUUUAUUAGCCUCUCCCAUGCUCAGCAGCUCUGAAGAAUUAGCAAAUAAAGAAGCUCCCGUACCGUUAUGCGGUCCGUACGAGACGGCGUGCAAGUUCUUCUGCUGUCCUUACGCCUCUGCCAGUUGCUGCUGGGACGGAAUGGGCUGCUGCCCGAACGGCAAGACGUGCAUCGGCAUCUUCGGAGUCGGAGUCUGCGUCGGAUUUGGAGCCGAGAAGAGCGGAAAAGCCAAGGUCCUCGCCGAGAUACCCGCGGGCCCCAAGUACGACCGCAACUCUCGCAUGGACGGCAACACGCCCCUGAGGGUGUGCCCCGAUGGGGCCCACAGCUGUCCGACCGACAAGGAUUGCUGUACUUCUACUGAUGGAACGUGGUCUUGCUGCCCUAAGCAAAGAUGAAAAUCGAAGUUAAAUCUUUCCGAACGAAUCCAACAAGUAUACCUAUUUCAUUCCAAAGGAAGUUAAGAUUUACUGUAACUGUUCAAAAGAAAAAAGAGUAACAAUUUUAUGUAAAAUAUAAUAUAAUUUAAGGAAAAUUUGAUGAUGA